GCGGCGCGGCGGCGGACGACGACCUCGUGGUCGAGCCCGAGGAAGGGAGAAGUGGCCGCCACGGGACCCGAGCUGUCCAGAGGAAGAAGACGCUGGUUUGGUCCCAUAACAGAUGAGUCCUCAGUGUCAAAGGUGGCACAAGAAGCAGAGGAGCUACGCUGAUUCCAGAGCAGCAUGAUGACUGUAGAGCUGAAGGUGGCUGCGCACUUGGACCCUCAGAUCACAGCUCUGUGGGAAACCAAGGGGUCUGUGAGAGAGAACUCCAGUCAUCAUGAUAAAUGGAGCCCACAAAUCUACAGUACUGGUUCUGAGAGCUCUCGCCAGGACUUCCGGAACUUCCGCUAUCGUGAAGCAGCUGGACCCCUCGAGGCUGUGAGCCAACUUCAGGAAUUAUGCCAUCGGUGGUUGAGGCCAGAGAUCCACUCAAAAGAGCAAAUUUUGGAACUGCUGGUGUUAGAACAGUUUCUGACCAUUCUGCCCAGGGAGACCCAGACCCAGAUGCAGAAGCACCACCCACAGAACAUUAAAGAGGCCGUGACCCUAGUAGAAUACUUGCAGAGAGAAUCUGACCAAACCAGGACUGGGGUUUCGUUCCACGAGAUGGAAAAGGAGGCCCAACGACUGGGCCGGUUGCAGGAUGGAGAGUUUGUGAAUGCAUCCCAGGGUCUACAGAAACAGCCAUGCAGAAAUGCUCAAAAAGAAACUGCCCCCGUGUACGAAAAGGGUCUGCCUGCCCCACAGACUCUAGCCCUUUCUGAACAGACAAACACCAAAGAUUGGAUGAUGGCCCCUAAGAUCAUCAUACCUGAAGCCCAGAGCUUGUUGACAUUUGAAGAGGUGGCCAUGUAUUUUUCCCAGGAAGAAUGGGAGUUACUGGAGCCCACUCAGAAGGCCCUCUACCAUGAUGUAAUGCAGGAAAACUAUGAGACUGUCAUCUCUCUAGCAUUAUUUGUACUCCCUAAACCUAAAGUGAUCUCCUGUCUAGAGCAAGGGGAAGAGCCAUGGAUCCAUGGACCCAGAGAAUUCAAGGACAGACCUGUUGAAUCCCCUACAGGGUUAAAACUCAAAAUUGACACUGGGAAUUCUCAGCCUGUCUUGCUUCCUGCCAUAGAAAUAGAAGCACUAGGAGGUACCGUUUCCAAAAAGUCCAGAACAAGCAUCCCUCAGAAAACAACAGGCAAAGAAAAUCAAGGUGGUGUGCAGAGGGCUGAGAAAUGGCCUCGAGAUUUUCCAGUGAAGAAAAGAAAAAAACUUUCAACCUGGAAGCAAGAGUUGCUGAAACUUAUGGAUCUUCACAAGAAAAACCGUGCACGGGAGAAGCCUUUUAAAUGCCAGGAAUGUGGGAAAAGCUUCAGAGUUAGUUCUGACCUUAUUAAGCACCAGCGAAUUCACACUGAAGAGAAACCCUAUAAAUGUCAACAAUGUGAUAAGAGGUUUAGAUGGAGUUCAGAUCUUAAUAAGCACUUAACAACUCACCAGGGCAUAAAACCUUAUAAAUGCUCAUGGUGUGGGAAAAGCUUCAGUCAAAACACAAAUCUACACACACACCAGAGGACUCACACAGGAGAGAAACCUUUUACAUGUCAUGAAUGUGGGAAAAAGUUCAGUCAGAACUCCCACCUUGUUAAACACCGGAGAACCCAUACAGGUGAGCAACCAUUUUCUUGUAGCAUCUGCAAGAGAAACUUCAGCAGGCGGUCAAGCCUUCUAAGGCACCAAAAACUCCACAAGUGAACAAAAGCUAACCCAUUAUCCCCUUUCUAAAGUUCACCAAAUGGAGAAACACAAUAUCAUGAAACAACGUAAGAUUUUGUCAUCGAUGGAAAUCUUAUGGGUGCAAAUGACAGAAGUCUAGUCUGCAAAGGAGAAUGACAGUUCACUACUUUUAACAGAAUUCCCAUAAUGUUCUAAGAACAUUAUGAUGAGAGUUUUGUCUUGCAAAAGAAACUCAACUUCAAAUAGUAGGUUUAACCAUGAGUUAAUUAACAGUCUUCUGUGAUCCUAGAAGUGAAAGUUUUAUAUUAAUCACCCCAUUUUUUAACAUACAGAAACGUGUAGCCUGGUCUUCCCCCAAGAAAGCAAUAACGUGUUGAAUUGGAAACUAUUAAUCUCAGGGUGGUAGAUGUACAACAUUUUAAAUUGUCUCCUAAAACGAAUUUUCCAAGAAACCGGAUCUUAUGUUCUCUUUGGUCACUUCACAAGGUUAGGUGAGUUUCUCCUUGAAUUUUUUAGCAACUUUAAAUCUUGAUUUUUUUUUUAAACUGUACUCACAUUUAAGUCACCAUCCAGGAGUCUACUAGAUCAGCUGCUGCACUAGCUUAUGGCUCAUUGUGGUGUUUGAAAAAUGGAAACCGUCUCUAAUGAGAUUUUAGGAAUACGGGUUGAAUUUAUGGACAUGAACUAUGUGUUAGUUGUAAAGAAUUAGUUCUGGCAAUAAAUGACAUCUCUUUACCUCAUGAUGUCAAUAGGAUAAAACAGCCAUAAAAUUUAGCACUUGCCCAUGGCUUGAAAGAAAAUUAGUGGCCGUUCAGGAUCAGAUUUUUGUCAGGUUUGUUUUUGUUUGCUUUUAAAUUUGGCUUGUUUUUCUUAAGAACAAGGGGAAAUUGUGUUUAUAUGGGAACUAGGGUAUGUGUGCUCCAAACAGAUCCCAGAAGUUCACUUGCUAUGGUGACAUGAGGAAUCUAGUUUACAAAAGAUAAGAGUUCCCACAAUGAAAAUGUUACGGAAGGAUUGUUGAAUUCACACCUGUGUAGUUUGUCUUACACUGUGUUAUAGAUUGAAUUGUGUCCACAGCAAGAUGUGUAAGUCCAAAGCCCUAGCCCUGAAGUAGGAGCCCUGGUUGCACAGUGGUUAAGAGUUCAGCUGUUCAAGGUGCCAGUUUGACUCAACAGCCACUCCCCUGGAGAAUGACGUAGCACUCCUAUGAAGAUUACAGCCUUAAGCAUCCUGUGGGGCAGUUCAGCUCUAACCUAGAGAGCGGUUGUAUGUUGGAAUUAGCUCUACAGCAAUGGGUGUACCUGUGGUUUUAGUCUCCCUUGGGAAUUGAUUUCCCUUACGUUAAUGUGAUAGUAGCAGUAUAGGGUGUGCCUUAAAAACCUAUCCGUUGAGAUAUGAAAGAACAAAUGAAGCAAACACAAACGCAGAAAAAGGUGCAUGUCAUUCCCUUGCCAGGUACCAGGAGUAGAAGCUAAGAAGAGACAGAGACACUCCCUACAGUAGACAGAGUGAGCUUUCCUCAGGAGCCAAUUCCCUGAAUUCAGACUUCUAGCCUUCUCAACUAAGAAAAUCAAGUUCUGUUCCUUAAAGCUACCUGCCUGUAUUUUAUAGCAGCAUUAGAUAACUAAGACACUGUGAGCACUUCAGUGGGCAAGGGUCUGUCUGCCCUUUUCUCAAGCACAGAAUUUAAGAGCAGUCUUGGGUAAUAAAUUUGAUGGACUGGUGCCCAGCUGUAUGUUGCUGCCACUGAGUCAAUUCCAGCUCUUAGUGACCCAGUAGGGCAAAUAAAACUGCCACUUAGAAGAGUUUCUUAGGUUGAGGUGGUAAUCUGUAGCCAAAUAAAACUGCCACUUAGAAGAGUUUCUUAGGUUGAGGUGGUAAUCUGUAACGGCAGAUCACCAAGUCUUUUUGCUCAUUGACCUACUGAGAGCUCUAAACGUUUGCUUCACAACCAAGCACUUACCAUUGUGCCAUCAGGGUACCUUAAAGUCUGUAUAGCCAUCCCAUUGCCAUCGAAUCAAUUCUGUAGGGCCAGAUAGAACUGCCCCAUAGAGUCCCCAAGUUAGAAAUCAUUACAGAAGUGGAAUGCCUCCUCUUGUCCUGUAGAAUGGUUCUGAACCACCACCUUUUCGGUUAGCAGCCAAGAACUUAACUACAACACCAGGUCGCUUUUCAAGUCGGUGAAGUCUUGUAGAUUUCCUCAUGCUUUACCUAUUUAUCUGCAACAGUGACUCAUGUAUGUUUCCAUCCUAGGGGAGAGGUUUAAGAAACCAACUGUAUAGAUGGGGAAGUAAAAGGCUCAAAAGAGGUAAGAGGACUUGCUCAAGAGCCCUCUUCAUCAUUCGGCUGGAGGCUGGAUUGGCAGGACUGAUUUGUAUGCCAUUUUUGUACAACUAGCCUAGAUGAUGUUGUGUUCUCUUUCUGGCUUGGAAAUCAUUCCUAUUUCUUGAUUAAUCACUCAGACACUGUAAGUCUCCUUUAGUGUAUCAAUGGUGCCCUGUGAUCCUUUGAGAUAACAUUGUAAACCACAAGGUUUUUGGUUCAAAUCCACCAGCUGCUCCAAGGGAGAAAGAAGAAUGUAAAGAUUUAUAUUCUCGGGAACCUUAACCACUUUACUCUGCCUUACAGGCUUGCUAUGAUUUAGAAUCAACCCAGUGAGGGGUGGGUUGGUGUGUAAAAUAAGGCUUAACAGUUCACCUCAGGGUUCUGGAGAUGAGAUGAAUCUAGGGAAGCAAAGUGCCUAGCCGAAUCUAGGCUACAAUCAAUGCGCAAUUCCAGCGUAUGCCUUUCCAUUCCCUUUGCUUCCUGGUAGUGUGUGGGGUUGACGCUAUGACUGACAGGAGCCAAGGUGGUGGUGGCCCUUGGCUUCAGUGCUUAAUGGUGUGAGUCACUAUAGCAACUUGGUUGCUAUGUGGUCUGCUCAAAUCCAUUUUUACCCUUUUCUCUGGUAAAUCUGGAACCUUUGGGCACCAGCCCUUUUUCAGUCGGAGUUGGUCUGGAACUUUCAGCCAUGCUUUCGUUUUGCUCUUCAAGAUGCACAGCACUUGGGACUUGCAUCUGAAGCACAGUUGGCUCUCAGGCUGCAGUCCACAAGCUGUGACCCAAUACCCUCAGAACCCUGAGGCCUAGACGCAUCUCUUCUGCCAGGACGUGUGCGUCACUUAAUCAGUUCAGGAGCGUGUUCUGAUGUGCCACAAACUGUCCUGGAUUCUGAGGACACAUCUGUGAAGAGGAGAAGCAAAACUGCUUAGGACAUUUGCGUUCUAACAAGUGGUGAACGGGCUAAUGGUUACGCUUCCCUGCUGCUGGCAGGGUCAUGGGCUGUGAGUACACGUGUCGACCUCUGGGCUGAAGAAGUUCUUUGCUGGUGCAAGACUAGUACUCCUUUUGCCUUAAUUGUGAAACACACAUAAAGGAGCCGAGUUCAAAGCCAUUUGGGAUGCUGAGGCCCCCGUGGGAGCCAACCAUUCUGGAGAAUUCCUCACACCUGAAAUAGCCUUUGUAAGAACAAUAAAUAAAGUGGCGUGUAAAUCA